AUGGCGGGGCUGCCGAAGCGGAUAAUAAAGGAGACGGAGCGCUUGAUGGCAGAACCCGUACCAGGCAUCAAUGCAGUCCCCCACGAAGAUAAUCUACGAUAUUUCGAUGUCCGGAUCCAUGGUCCAACACAAUCACCUUAUGAAGCGUUGCAGAUUCGAACAAUCCUCUUGUCAAUCCAGGCACUACUCGGUGCACCCAACCCAGAUGACCCGCUCGCCAACGAUGUUGCGCAGCGAUGGAAGGAGGACGAGCCCGCGGCUAUCCAGACGGCGAGAGAGUGGACGAAGACACAUGCUAUGGUUUGA